UCUCCCUCGCUUGCUCUCUCUCUGCAACUAGAGGGUGAGCAGAGGGAAUGGAAGAAGAAGGUGAGGGAGGGGAGAGAGAGGGAGGCCAGGCAGGCCCUGCUGAUCCACAGGCUCCAGAACAAGGUGUUGGAAUACAGAGAACGAUGUCAGCAUUUGGAGCUUCGGCUGCAGGAUAAUCAUACACAGAUGCUCAGCACCGAGAGAAUCGUAGAUGACUCUCUGGAAAGCGCCGUUCUCAGACUGGAGGAGGAACAACAGAGGUCGGUCAGUUUAGGUGACACCAAUAGUCUCCUUUGCAAGCAACUUGUCCAAUCAGAGCAGGCCAACCACGCCCUGAAGGAGGACCUCCAGAAGCUGACGAAUGAUUGGACGACAGCUGUGGAGGAGGCAGAGCAGCGAGAGGCUGAUUUGCAGAAAGAGCGAGAGCGUCGGCUGUGUCUUGUGGGGGAGCAGCAGGCUCGGCUGCUGUCUAUCUGGAGAUCUGUGGCUGCUCUGAGGCGGGACUGCCACGCUAUGAAAACGGCUGCUGACAGGGACCUGUGGCAGCUGAAGGCUGAGUUUUCUCGCCUCUCGUCCGUUCUCCUCUCCAGCUGCGACUCUGUCUCCUCCUCUCUGAGGCUCAGCACACUUUACAUUAAUCCUCUCUCCUUCUCCUCCGCUUCUCCUCCUCUUCUCGCUUCCCACUUUCCUCCCUUUUCAUUCUAUUCUCCUCCUCCGUCCUCCGAUCUGGCCCUUUGUCCUCCGAACUCUUCUGCACCUCCUCUCCUCCCAUCAUCCACAAUGCGAAUCUUUUCUUUGGGAGAGUUGGAACUCAAAGAGGAGAAGGACGAGGACGAGCAAGGCGCUUCAGAGGUGAAGUCUGUUCAGGAGACUCAAGUUUUCCAGCUGCAGCAGAGGAUUGAGGCGCUCACUGGCUCGCUGCAGACCGAGGUCAGUCUGAGGGAGGAGAGCGAGAGGGAGGCCGAGAGACAUCGAGUAAUGCAGAGAAGCCUGCAGUCUGUGAGCCAUGCUGUGAUCAAACUGUCCAGAGUCCUGACCUCAGCCAGCAGCCAGUCGCUGAACAUCUCCUCAGAGGGAACGACACCGACAGAGUUGACAGCUCUGUAUUUACCGAUGUGUGACAGAGAGAAGGAGACGGCGUCCUUCCUGCGUCUGCAGGUCGAGGAACUGCAGAGGAGGGAGGAAGAGCUGAGGAGUGAACAUCACCGACUGAGGAAGGAGAAAGACGAACAGGAAGAGAGAAUCGGACAGCUGCAGACAGAAAUGCGCAGACGAGUUGAGACUGAGGUGUUGGAGAACGUCCAGCUAACAAAGCGGGAGACUUUGACCCAAGCAGAAAUGUAUAGUCUGAAGGGAGCACUAGAGAGGGAGCAGCUGGACAAGCAGCGAGCCGAGGAAGAUGCUUCUGAUAUGAGAGAUGCCUUACAGAAGUCCAGGGAGUGCGUGUCGCGUCUGUCGUUGCAAGAGAGCGCAUUAAGACGGGAGGUGGAGGAGGGACGGGAUGCGCUAGACAAGCUGUCCGCCCUGAACUCUUCUUUGGCCUCGGACAAGAGAGAGCUGCACAAACAGCUGCUGCAGCUGGAGUCUGAGCUGUCAGAGGGCCAAUCACAGCUGCAGGCUCAAAGGUCACAAGUCAGUUCGCUGGAGAGGGAAGUCAAGACCCUAAACAUGGAUUUCAGCGAGCUCAGAGUACAGAGAGAGGCUGAGGAAGAUGCUGUUCAGCAGCUGAGAGAACGAGAGCCAGAGGAAGACGGGAGCUUUCCCUCUGUGGGUGACCUGUCCUGUCAGCAUGCCGCAAUGUGUGAGGAGCUGAAGGAGGUGCAGGACCGGCUGGGGCACGCAAUGGAGGAGGUGAAAACUAGGAGCAUACAACAGCAGGAGCAGCUCAGAGAGAGUAGGCGGCUACAAGAGGAGCUGGAUAGUCUGCAGAAGCACAAGGAGCAGCUCGAAGUUGAUCUGCAGGAGAUCCGGUCUCUGUCGCUGUCUGCCCACCAGCAGCUCAGUGAGCAGCAGAAGCGUCUCUCGCAGUCAGAGGUGGAAAAAUGUCAGCUGAACACACACAUCCACACUCUGAAGCAGGCCAAAGACACCUUACACGGGGAGAUCCAGUGUCUGAGAGGCGAGCUGGAGGAGAUGAUGUCCAGGGCAGAAGACGAGAAGAAGAGGAGAGAGAUGAGCGAGGAGGAGAGGAAGGCGCUGCAAGAGGACAUGGAGAGGAUGACAGAGGAGAUAGAGAAGCUGAGGAGGAGGAGGAGGAGGGAGGAAACGGAGAGGAAGGGUGAGACGGAGGCCGAACAGGAAGAAAGGAGUUUCUUUAGUGAGAACUCGGGGAGAAGAGAAGGAGCUGAGGUGCUGAGGGAUUGCAUUGAGGGAUUAACUGAGGAGGUGGAGGAGAGGCAAAGGGAAGAGGAGAAAAUGAGGAAGGAGGUAAUAGAGAUGAAGACUCGAAUCAACCUCAUGAUAGAAAGAGUACAGCGAUUAGAGGGAGAGAAGGAGGAACUGGAAGAGGAGGUGAAGAGGACAGAGGAAAGGCUGAGAGAGGAGAGGAGAAGAGAGGAGGCGAAGCAGAGGGACAGAGAAGUGGACGCUCACCGUGAGCGGACGGAGAGAUUAAAAAGGGAGAAGAAGGUGGAGCAGCUGAGGACAGAAGCUGAGAGGGACAGGUGGAGGGCGAGAGUGGAAGAACAAGAGGAGGAAAGGAGAAAGAAAGACAAGCUGCUCGAGGAGAAGGAGGAGGUGGUUGCAAAGCUGCUCGAGAAGCUGAAGGAGAAAGCGGCGGAGGCGGAGCUGAUGAGGCAAAGGCUGAACGUGGCCAAUGAGAGGUUUGAUGAAUUUAAGGCAGAGGCGAAAUGUAAGGAGGAACAUCGGGAACAUCUGGAGGAGGAAGGAGAGAGGGACCAUCGAGAGGUGAAUGCCAGACUAAAGCAAAAGGAGGUAAGAGGAAGUAGGAAAGAUGACACGAUCUCCUCCCAGGUUAGGGAGCAUCAGGAGGGACAGACAGCAAGGAAAAGAGUAAGAGAAAUGGAGGAAGCCCGUGACAGGCUGCAGGUGGAGAUAAAGGAGUGGCAGGAGAGGGCAGAGCACGAGGCACAAGAUGAGCUGUUAAAAUGGAGAGAAGAAGCACAAUAUCUCAGAGAGGAGACGCAGGAGGAGCUGAGGACGACUAAGAUGGAGCUACUGGUUAUUAAGAAAGAGCUGCAAAAAGAACAAAAUGAGAAGGAGCAGAUAAAGGAGAAGCUGCGGAGGACGGAGGAAGAGGUGACGGCUCUCGAGGAGGAAGUGCAGGAGAUGGAAAACGAUAAGCUGACGGAGACGAAAGACUUUCCUCAGGAGGAGUUGAGAGGAGUGAAGCAGGAGGCGACGGUGCGAAACUCCCUGCAGGUGGACACUCUGAGUCAGAGCACAGAGCAGAUGGAGGAGGACAGGGAUGGAUCACAGCAAACAGAUGCAGCUUUGAUGGGCUAUAAAAGGAGACCCCAGCAGGAGGAGCAGAGCCCAGUGGCCACGUCAGAUACAGAGGGUUUGAAGGAGAGACUGAUGGUCCUGCAGAGUCUGGUGGCUGAACUGGAACUGGACCAGAAACGACUGAACAAGAAAAACUUUCAUCUGGAAAAUCAGAAAGACAAACUGAAAAGAGCGACACACACGCUGAGAGAGACGCUGCAACAGGUGGCGGAUGAGCGCUCGAGGCUCAGACAGCAGCUGAGUGAGAGCAUCCAGGGGUCUUUACCCAGCACAGAAGAGCAGCAACUGAGGAGCAAAGUGAGGGAGCUGCAGGAGCAGGUGAAGCAGCUCCAGUUUGCACUGGCUGUCGGUCAGCAACAAAGGGCAGAGUUCAUUCAGCAGUCCUCCAGAAACAGCCAGUCAGUGCUCGCUCUGAGACUUGACCUCAGUGAUUCACUAGCAACUAUCACACAGCAUCCAAUCCCAUCCAUCCUAGAGUCUGAGACACAGCGAUUGGAUCGUAGCCUGAGGGAGGAGGAGCUCAGACUGUCCUUCAGCCAGCUGUGAAAAUUCAGGACCAAAUGUUCUUAAUUACUUUACACUCAUUAAAUUGAGACGUAGAACA